AUGACGCCCCCGGCCCGUGGACGGGGGACUAGCCAACGCAGCCCGACCGUUUUGGUCACGGACUCCCGCGAUCAACAAAACACUCAAACUCCCCGCCGUCGCCGUUCACCUGCAACCCGCUUUAUCACCGUCGAUAAUGUCCUCCAGUACGCCUCCGACGUGCCUUCGGGACAGCAACGGGGCCCACCACCUAGCUCACGCUCACGACGCCUUGCGUCUGCGGCGGGUGGCCUGAUGGGUACUUCUGGCAGUAGUAGCUCCAGUGCGGUCGCAGGAGGUGGUAAAGCCGGUCGGCUUGCGGCGCAGCCGCGUCUGCCACCUCGAACGACGAAAGUCAGCGAGAAGCUGGUUCUUCUACCUGAUACCGAUGAGAUUGAAGAGGGAGAGACUGAGGAUGACGAAGACGAGGGACCUGAUGGUGUGGAGACGGUGGAUGAGGAACUCGUUGCUCGCUUGGCGCAGGAGAAAAAUGUUGAUCCGGAGAUGGUCAGACACCAGCUUCUAGUUUCGAAGCGGUUAGGUGGCGAUUUCGGCGUUGAUAACGAUCUUGCCCCGUUGUUGGCCGAAGAGGAGGUGCUCAGGAAACGUCGUGUGGCGCCUGAGCGCGCGAAGAGUUAUGCAGAGCGUUUGCCAAAGGCCAGGAGGACAGAGAAGCUUGCUCGCGUCACAGCCUAUUGUACGGCACAGGCUUACAAGAUGGGAUCGCUUGCUGCCUUUGUCAAGGAGCAGCAUGGUGGCAGGACGAAGCUUUACGACGAUUGCCUUUACACUGCUUAUCAUCUGCCUCUUCUUCCCGGUCACGAUGGGUACCGGUUGAGGAGUAGUCCUGUUCUGAAAUACCCUGGUGGAAAGUCUUUGCUGGAUGAGGAGAUUGAACGUAACGAGCUUCGUGAUCAUCAUGAUGAUUACAUGGUUGAACCAGAAGAGCAUUCGGUUGGUGGCCACAAUCGCCCAGAAGAUGAACAUCAUUACGAAGCAUCGCCGCGCGACUCGGAUGAUCAUCACCAGGAGAACCGGGAAGAGUUCUUGAAUCGUAUCACUGAAGAGGUUCGUGGUCGCGCCGAUGAGCAUGAGCAUGCCGCUAGCUCCAGCGAGAGUGUUCAAGUGAUGGAACAUUCCCAGCCUGCGGAAACUAGUGAGGAGAACAGACCUCCUUCGCCGGAGCCUCUCCGUCGCCGAAGACACAGCACAGAUGACAGCCACGCUCUCAUUCGAGACCGUCCUUCUCCGCCACCUACUACGCAUUCUUCGUCAUCAUUGCCACAGGCUCCAGCUCGCACAUUGUACAAUGUCGCCGAGAUGUUUGUCUUCAGCUACGGCGUUGUUGUGUUCUGGAACUUCACUGAGCGACAGGAGAAAGAUCUGCUUGCUGAUUUGGCUUUUGCUACAUCAUCAGCGACGGGGAUUCCCAUCCCGCUGGCAACUAUGCCGCUUGACGAAGAGGACUUCGAGACGGAAGAGUUCCAUUUCGAAUAUUCCACUGAGAUCUCGCGUCCACGAGUCUACAAUGAUAUGAUCACACUGCGAAGCGGUGACCAUAUGAUUAAGCUUGCUAUCAGUCAUGGUAUUUCCCAAAGCACCAAGCUCUGCUUCUUUGAAGAAGUCAUGGCUCGUCAAAUGGCAGACGCCAAAGACGUUCCCAGGCGAUUGGCCGUCACAGGCAAACUGGGUAUGAAGCGCGAAGAGGUUUUCCGUAUCCUCGGUCGUCUCUUCAAGAGCCGUGUCGAAGUCAACCUUUCAUCAAACAUGCUCGAUGUCCCCAACUUUUUCUGGGAGAGCGAACCGACCCUGUACCCGCUCUACAUUGCCGUGCGCGAGUACCUGGAAAUCAAGCCUCGCAUCCAAGUCUUGAACGAACGAUGCCGUGUAUUCUUAGAUCUUGCCGAGAUCCUUUCAGACUCAAUCGCUGACACCAGAACAUCCCACCAAACUUGGAUCAUCAUUGUUCUCAUCGUUAUCUCCAUUCUCGUCACUACCUCUGAAGUCUUCCUGCGCUUUGGCCUUCUUCAUGCCAGCCAAGGCACUAACGGGACUCCUGCCAGCAUCAUCGCUCGAGUCAUGGGGCGUUCUGUCCCCUCUCCCUCCUCGGGCUGGCACCCAUACUCGGCCGCUGAUGUACCCCCGGGAUGCAUAUGUCCUUCCCUUGUUCCAGGUGGUGAAUCACAGAUGGGUGUUAGUGGUUUGAUGGGUCUCUAA